AAAACGAUUAUCAAUCAUGAGCAUGGUAACAAAAAUAUAUUAAUCUCGACGCCGACCGGCGUGUGCCCGCUGAUGUCAACAUGAACAUAACAAAUCUGACAUUGCUUUUGCGCAGUUGUGUGACCACAAUUAAUAAGGUUGAAUAGUUAUGUGAACGUUUCUGUAAAUAAUGGAUAUGGGUAUAUUUAGCGUGCUCCUACAGGCGGGCCUUUUUACGAGUGCUAUUGUGAUUUAUUUGAUAUUCUUUAAAAAAUCUACGAGAAAAGGCAGCUAUAGACAAGCAGGUUGGAAUUAUCCUCUAAAACUAUUCGUAGCACGUCUAGCGGUCAGACGUUGGAAAUCAACAUUACCCAACAGACAAUUGUUGGAUUCUCCCCAACCAGACCAGACAGACGGAUUCGAUGCUUUCACUAUAAAGGCUUCAGCGCCAGAUGGCUCAGCAAUAUUGUUGGCAAUUCGUAAGCUAUGUGGCCACAAACCACUUGCUGAAGUACAAUUUUUUGUGAAAUUAUCGGACGGAACAUGUUAUCGAUUGCCAGAGUCGUCGGAAACUUCGUGCUGCGCUUGGGAAAAUGCUUCAAACGGCUGGAGUGCGGGUGGACUUUCGAUUCAAGUUCUCGAACCACAAAACCGUUUUAGGAUAUUGUUCAACGGUGUAUUGAAAAGAACGAGUGAUGGAGCUGUUAGACAUGUGAAACUGAAUUUAAUUUGGGCCUCAGCUACUCGAGCUGUGAAACAUCCUGAAGACUGGAGCAACGAGCUAGCGGCUGAAUUUUUAGCAACAGAGCCUUUCGGCGAUGGCACGUGGACGGAAGCUCUAGAUAAAUGUAUAAAUGGUGGUGGAAGUUGGUCACAGUUCGGCGCUGCUCAAGGAAGGUUUAUAUCCCAUGAUGAAGAUGGAAGAAUUGAACAAAACGAAUACCUUAGAAUCAGAGGUGUAAAAGAGAGAAGUUGGGCGCUAUCUUAUAAUGGAUUAAAACGAUCUGUGAUUUUAGCAAUCGCUACAGCAGAUGGUACAGCGGUGCACAUUCAAGGCUUAUUAUACCCUGAUAAUAACACGCAAUGCAUUUCUGGCAGCGUAAGAUUACCUGAUUAUAGCGUCCACAGUAUAACAUCUACUGAUUUGGAGUUGUCGGAAUUCUGUGAAAAUACAGACGAGUUACCGAAAACCCAAGUUUUGAUCGUAAAUGCAAAUAAUCGUUCUUUAAAGAUAGUUUUGAGGGUUUCUAAAUAUGGGGGAAGUACAUUAAAUGGAAUGAACCAAGAAUUCGGAAACACGUAUCGAUUUGUAGCUGCGGAAAUAAAUGGAGAGCAUGGCAGUGGCAUUUUAGAGUUGGGCUCUAAAAGGAUAGAUGAACUUGCGGCUCCUUUGGUUUUCAAAGAUCGUAAAUUGAAAUGGUUAGAUAAAAUAAAAAUUAAGGCCCCGGUCGGUUACUGUGUUCAAUUUGAAGAUCCAGCCGCAGCAUGUGUUGAAUACGUCGGUGGAAAGGGAGCUUCUCUUGCACUUCUAUCAUCCGUUCAAAAGGACGAGGGUUAUUGCGUACCUCCAGGGUUCUGUCUCACUAUUAAAGCUCUCGAACAAUUCCUUCAACUCAAUCCAAAAAUUAAAGAAGCUAUAAAUCAAAUUGAAGCAGCUGGCGCUGAAUAUGAAGAAGCUGUGUUUAAAAAUACAUGCAAUAGUGCUGUAGACCUCUUCCUAUCGGCAGAAAUAACAGGCGAAUUGAAAGACGCUAUUCUUUCGAAUUUAACAAUGCUGCGAGAAAAGGCUAUAGAUCAUAAGCUAUCAGAGCUUCGUUUUGCUGUAAGAUCUUCGGCUGUUGGAGAAGAUAGUGAAGCGUUAUCAGCAGCUGGACAGAAUGAAACAGUUUUGGGUGUUACCAGCGAUGACGAUAUUCUGCGUUCUAUUUUAAAAUGUUGGGCUUCAAUGUUCGCUUUUACUAGUGCCUAUUACCGAAGACAAAAUGGUCAACCAUGUUAUUGUGGCGGCGCUGUUGUAGUGCAAGCAUUGGUAGAGGCCCGUGUUGCCGGUGUUAUGUUCACACGAUAUCCUGACGCUGGUGAUCCAACUCGAAUACUUAUAACUGCCAAUUAUGGACUUGGAGAGACUGUUGUAUCAGGAUCAGUUGAACCAGAUACAGUGAUAAUAAAACGAAGUGCUGAUGAGAAACUUUCAAUUGCGAAAAUACAAGUUGGUACAAAAACACAAAAAAUAGUGUCCAGUGUUAGCGGUCUUGAAACUGAACAAGUUCUUGAGAAUGAACGAAACGUGUCAUGUUUAUCAGAAACAGAAAUGUUAAAAUUGGCUGAAAUAGGGAUUGCGCAAGACGGCUUAUGGGGUGCUGGCAGGGACAUUGAAUGGGCUAUCAAUAAGGAUGGUGAAGUAUAUUUGUUACAAGCUCGACCUAUAACAUCAUUAGAGAGAUGGACAGAGGAGGAAUUACUUCAUGAAUUAGAUUUCCCUAUUAUGUCGGAUGAUGAGUUGAUUACUUUUGCUAAUACUGGAGAGGUACUUCCAAAGCCGCUAACAGCACUGACGUAUGACAUGGUGAUUGUACCUUUAGAGCGUGGAGUGACAAGUCUUAUUCCGAAUAAUGGUGAUGGUUAUGAUAAAAGUGUCGUGCUUACACACAAUCGAACAUCUAUUGCACUUUAUAACUCUGUAUAUCGCAGAGUUCCUAAAGAAAUAGACGUAAAUUUGCGAAUGAUAGAAAUAUCAAUUCAUGGACACAAAGUAGCGGAUGAUCAUAUUUUAAGUACUGCUUUACACAGACGGCAACCGAAAUCUACAGACAAGCUACUCUCAAUUAUAAGUAUGCUGAAGAACCUUAUCAUUGCCAAGAAAUCCAUGAAUGAUACACUCAAAAGUGUUCCAAGUAUGGACAUUUUCACAUUCGACGAUGUGACCAAGAUGUUCAACAGUAUAGCUGAAAGGGAGCAAGACAUAUUUCGAUAUUCUCACAAUCACAGUAUUACUUCUGUAGCGAGUUCGAUCACUCAGUUCAUUGCUAUGUCUGUUUUAUUGGAGGGAAAGUCGGAUUUUUCACCUGAACAAUGCAACGAAAUAAGUACGUUAUUAAGUUCUGGUGAUGUCUUAUCAGCUGAAGUGCCCCAGGGUUUAGCAAAAUUAUCGCAAAUGCUGAAGGACUCUGGCAGAAAUGAAGAAUUCCGAAAGCAAGACCCAAAUACAGCUAUGCAAUGGCUUAAAUCUAACAUUCCGAAUGUUUAUGAUCAUGUUACAACAUUCCUUGAACAGCACGGACAUAGAGCUAUAAUGGAAUUCGACCUAUCAACAAAGCCUUGGGCUCUUGCACCAGAAGAUUUGAUGAAAGUACUUAUGCAAGUUGUUCCAAAUCAGGAAUCCAAAGAAACUAAAACAAGGGAGGAUAUCAUUGCUUCACUAAAAGCACCUCAAAAACCAAAUACCAGGAAGGCUCUAAACUGGAUUUUGCCUUUCUGUCAACGCACAGUUCGAUACAGAGAAGCAACGAAGGCACAUUUAAUCUUAGCUGUUCAUAAGCUUCGAUUAGCGGCUAUCCAUUUGGGGAAACUCAUGGUACAAAAUUGGUAUCUACCUCACUACGAACUCGUAUUUUAUUUUAGAGUUCUCGAACUGAAGAACUAUAUAGAAACAAGAGAUCCAGCUUUAUUGAAAAAAGCAAUGCAAAGAAAACAAUAUUAUUCAAAUUGGUCCAAGCUCAAAUUCGCCGAAUUGAAUAAAGGCUGGGUACAACCCUUGUCUCAAGAGGGUCCUCGGAUCUAUAGUGAUGGUGAUAAAAAGUUAAAUGGGACUUCCGUUUGCAGUGGAGAAGUAGUAGCUAGAGCUUGUGUUGUGCGAGAUUUAUCAGAGAUUGACCAGCUGAGACAAGGCGAUGUUCUAAUAACACACGCUACAGAUAUCGGAUGGUCGCCAUAUUUCCCGCUGCUCACUGGUAUUGUUACGGAACUUGGAGGUCUUAUCUCACAUGGAGCCGUUAUAGCACGUGAAUAUGGAUUACCGUGUAUAGUGGGUGUUGGUGAAGCCACAGAUGUCUUCAAGACUGGUGAUAUCGUACGUUUGUCAGGGAACGAGGGGCUGAUUGAGAAAGUCAGUAUAGAAGCUACGGCUGGCACCUAGCGAUUAAUCGUUAAUUAAUACCUAUAUACCUCAACAAGAGAAUGUUUGAUAAUCAAGUUAGUUACUAUCGUUGUGAAAGUGUAUUUAAGUAGAUAAUGUAUAAUGCAAUAAAUCUUUAAAUUUUUUUAUGUAUUGUUAU